AUGACUUGCAAGAAAUGGGGUAAAAGAAUAGUUGUGGAGAAGGAAGAGUGGAAACACCUUCGCGUGGGCUCUAAAGUGGAGGUUUUCUGCGUCGAAGACGGUUUCCAGAACGCUUGGUUCUCGGCCGUCAUUCUCAGACCCCCUUGCUCUUCUUCUCGUUCAUCGUCGUCGUCGGAGAAGAAAAGGAAGAGGAGCUCCGAUUCCAAGGCUUUCAUUCGGUACGAUCACUUGGUCACCUGCCGAGACCGGAAACCGCUUACCGAAUACGUCGAGGUUUCUUACAUCCGGCCUUUGCCACCAAAUGGAGGUCCUGAUGAGCAGGAGAUCGAGCUCUAUGACGUCGUGGAUGCUUUCCACCGCGACGUUUGGAGGACCGGAGUCGUCGUCAGUGUCGUCGGUGACAAGUAUUAUGUGGAGUUUAAGAAUCCACCUGAUCUUUUGGGGUUGGUGCGCUCUCAGUUGCGGCUUCACUGGGAUUGGAUUCAGGGUACUUGGAAUCGUCCUCAGAAGCAGCAGAAAACAACAGGAUCAUCACUUUUCAACCCAGGGGAAGCAAUAGAAGUGAAUCUUGAUGAUGAACUUCCCUGCAUUGCUUGGACACCUGCAAUUUUUCUUGGAGAAAUAGGUCCGAACUAUUUCUUGGUGCAGUCUGAGAACUCCAAAAUUGAGGAAGAAGGUCCUCAUAAAAUAACUGUGGAACUCCAUCAAAUUCGACCUCAUCCUCCACAAGCGGAAAGGAGAUUUGAUGUAUUUGAAAAGAUGGAUGCAUUUGAUGGUUUGCAUUGGUGUGUUGGAGUGAUUACCAAAGUUCUUACAGGUAGAAGGUCUAUUGUCAAUUUUAUGCGUGGAAAGAGGGUGAAGGAAUUUGAUCAGUCCGAACUGAGGCCGCACUUGGAAUGGGUUAAUGGACGAUGGGAUACAAAAUCAAUGAAUGUGACAUAUAGUCCAGAUUUUAAAUCACACUAUCCGCAUGCAUGCAGCAGCACCAAAACGUCCACGAUAGCUACACAAAAUGAAAGUCCAGGUACUAGAAUGAAAAACACUGAAGAAGAAACAUCUUUUUCCAACAACGGAGACAGCCAAAAGGAGCAGAAGAUUAAGGAACAAGAAGUUGGAAGACUGGGAAAACUACCAACUGUAUCUCAUAAAUAUAAGGGAAGACAGCUGAUGCCAAAAUCUGAAUUUCUAGGCACAUGGACUGCGACACUUAAAAGUAGGGUUAUUUCACCAAAAUCUCAAUCUAAAAAUGUGGAGUGUUUAGCAACAGGGUCAAAUUCUGAGGCAUUAACGGUCUCACAUGCUGAAGAGUCUUCUCCACUUCCUAAUGAGAAUAAUGUUGGAGUGAGUAAUGAAAUACAAGGGAAGGGAGAAGAUAAAUUAUCUAUCGCAAAUGGGCAAGCUGCAGCAGUAGGUAAGCGACAUAAUGGAGCUGGAGUUAUUGCUGUAGAUUGCACUACUGAUAAAGUUGAAUUACCUAUAACCGCACGGGUUGAAGUGUCUGGUGAUCAACUAAAUGGAGCUGCUGUUGUCGAAGAUUGUAGACCUGAUAAAUCUGAAUUGACUGUGAGAGUACCAGGCUCUGAAGAUGUAUUGAAAGAUGGAACAGCUCUAGUCUUUACUACAGAUUGCUCGACAGAAGAAGUUAUCGUGGCUGUGGAUGUUUCUCAUAUGCAACUAAAUGGAACUGUAGGUGUUGAAGAUCGUAGAACUGAUAAAUCUGAAUUGACUGUGGGAGUUCCAGGCUGUGAAGAUGUAUUGAGAGAUGGAACACCUCUAGUCCCUACAACAGAUUGCUUGACAGAACAAGUUAUGGUGGCUGUAGAUAGAAUAUCUAGCAGCGGGGUUUCUGAUAAGCAACUAAAUGGACCUGCAGGUGUUGAAGAUUGUGGAACCAAUAAAUCUGAAUUGGCUGUGAGAAUUCCAGUCUAUGCAACAGAUUGCUUGACAGAAGAAGUUAUGGUGGCUGUGGAUGGAAUAUCUAGCAACGAUGUUUCUGAUAAUCAACCUUUAUCAGUGCAUAUCAAUGAAAUUCAUUCUAUAGAAAAUGCUGAUGACUCAGGAACACGUUUCACAGGCGACAAUGAGCAAAACAACAGUUUAUCUUUGCCAUUUGUGAAAAAAUUUUCAAUUUGGCAACAAAUUGAAUCGAUGGAAGUAUUCAGAAAAUUGCCCCAGAAUCCCCAUUUUCAGCCUUUAGUGAAGUCUAAAGAGAUAUAUCGGGAAGGAUUAGCUAUUGGCAAUAUGUUGGCCUUUGUUUCUUUUGUUGAGACGAUUGCAAAGUUGGAAAUAGAUUCUCCUAGGGAAUUCUUCAAUGAUGCUAUCGAAACACUUGUUGAAAUGGAAAAGAUGGGAUUCAAUGUUGAUACAUUACGGGAUCGGCUCAGUGAGAUGCAGCUAUUUCAAGUUAAGCUGAGACAACUUCAAGAUGACUCGUUAGGGAUCAAAACUAAGAUCACCGAGUCCACUUAUGAGAAGAUCAAAACUAAUGAAGAAGUUGGUGAGCUUCUCAAGGAGAUGAAGAAGUUGGAAGAAAAGAAGGCAAGGCUAAUUACUAAGACUGUGGCCAUUAGCACUGAUCUAGAUAUGUUGCAGUCAGUAGAUUCUGUUAUUACUGAAGACAUACUGAGAAUGAAGCAAACUUUCCUUGUUCUCCGUCAAUUUUGAUUAUUAUGUAUCUGGUUGUUUUAUUUUUGAGGCGUAUGGGUGACGGGUGGUGACAGGUUAUGGAGUUUGCAGAAUAUAUAAUUUUGGCUUCAUGGCAAGUCAUUUAAACUGGCUUUUUGGAAUUUGUAUAAAGCUAUUUACAAUGGUGAUGCUUUAUAUUACGUAAAUAUAAUCAAUAUCCUUUUGUUU